UCUUCUUGAGACUCAAUCAAUCUUUUGAAGAAGUGUACCGCUAGCUAGGGUUUGAGUAUUGUUUUCCUUCCUUGUUAAUUGUAACAGUACGCUUGUAGAGAAGCAGACAACGAUGGGAGGGAAGGAUAAGAGUGACCAGGACAACAAGCUUCUCGACCUGUUCAUCAGUAUCGGUUUGGAUGAAAGGACAGCAAAGAACACCCUUUCUAAUAAUAAGGUUACGGCCAACCUUACCGCCGUCAUUCACGAGGCAGCUGUCAUACAAGGUUGCGAUCGUUCUGUUGGAAAUCUUCUCUACACGGUUGCUACUAAGUUCCCUCCAAAUGCUCUUGUUCAUCGGCCUACCCUUCUGCAAUACAUUGUUUCACUUAAGAUUAAAACUCCAGCCCAGUUAGAUGCGGCUUUCUCCUUCUUUCUUAAUACUGGGGCAGAAGAUUUUAAAAUUAAGGAUUUCGAAGAGGCUUGUGGUGUUGGGAUUGAAGUCUCUGCAGAAGAUACCGAACGUCUUGUCAAAGAAGUCUUUGAAGAGUAUAAGACUACAAUUUUGGAGUUACGCUAUAAGACGAAUGUUGGUGAGCUAUUUGGCCAUGUGCGGAAGAGGCAGCCAUGGGCAGAUCCAAAACUUGUUAAGCAACUCAUUGAUGCCAAGAUAUUUGAGCUGCUUGGUGAAAAAACUGCUGCAGAUAAUGAAAAACCCACUAAGAAGAAGAAAGAAAAGCCUGCAAAAGUUGAGGAGUCUACAGCUGCCACAGAUGAACCAGCCAAACCAACUGAAGAAGAAAUCAAUCCCUUUUUGAUAUUCCCUUCUCCAGAGGAUAACUUUAAGGUGCAUACUGAAGUAUUUUUUAGCAAUGGGCCAGUGCUAAGGUGCUGUAACACAAGGGAAAUACUUGAAAAGCACUUGACAUUUACCGAUAGGAAAGUAUUUACACGCUUCCCUCCAGAGCCAAAUGGCUAUUUACAUAUUGGUCAUGCAAAGGCUAUGUUUGUUGAUUUUGGUCUGGCUAAAGAACGGAAUGGGGGUUGCUAUCUGAGGUUUGAUGACACAAACCCAGAGGCUGAAAAGAAGGAAUAUAUCGAUCAUAUUGAGGAGAUUGUAAAAUGGAUGGGAUGGGAGCCCUUCAAGAUUACUUAUACAAGUGAUUAUUUCCAAGAACUUUAUGAACUGGCAGUGGAACUGAUACGAAGGGGUCAUGCCUAUGUUGACCAUCAGACACCAGAGGAGAUAAAGGAGUAUAGGGAGAAAAAGAUGAACAGCCCUUGGAGGGAUAGACCAAAAGAAGAAUCACUGAGACUGUUUGAGGAGAUGAGGCAGGGCAGGAUCGACGAAGGAAAAGCAACACUUAGAAUGAAACAGGACAUGCAAAGUGAUAACUUUAACAUGUAUGACCUCAUUGCAUACCGUAUCAAGUUUACUCCACAUCCACAUGCAGGAGACAAAUGGUGCAUCUAUCCAAGUUACGACUAUGCUCAUUGUAUUGUUGAUUCCCUUGAGAAUAUUACACAUUCGCUUUGUACACUUGAGUUUGAGACACGUCGUGCUUCCUAUUACUGGCUGCUGCAUGCACUAGGACUUUAUCAACCCUUUGUAUGGGAAUACUCACGCUUGAACAUAACACAUACAGUGAUGUCAAAGCGCAAGGUGAGCAAAGCAAAUACAUUUAAAUUUCGUUUUUUCUUCCUUCCUUUAAACAUCAUGCAACAUUAUAUAUCUGUGCCUUGGUUUUAUAUGAUGUUCCAGUUAAACCGUCUGGUGACGGAGAAGUGGGUUGAUGGCUGGGAUGAUCCUCGGUUGAUGACAUUGGCUGGAUUGAAACGUAGAGGCGUUACCUCAACAGCAAUUAAUGCUUUUGUUCGAGGAAUUGGAAUUACUAGAAGUGACUCUAGUUUGAUACGGCUUGACCGCCUUGAGUAUCACAUAAGGGAAGAACUAAAUAAAACUGCAUCUCGCGCAAUGGUUGUGUUAAAUCCCCUGAAGGUUGUUAUUACCAACUUGGAAACUGGGUCCAUAUUGGAUCUUGAUGCAAAGAAAUGGCCUGAUGCCCAAGAAGACGAUGCAUCUUCUUUUUACAAGGUCCCAUUUUCCAAUGUUGUCUACAUUGAGCAGAGUGAUUUCAGGAUGAAAGAUUCUAAAGAUUUCUAUGGCCUUGCUCCUAACAAAUCUGCUAUGCUGAGAUACGCAUUUCCGAUUAAGUGCACUGAAGUAAUUCUCGGGGAUGACAACGAAACUGUAGUUGAAGUACGGGCAGAGUAUGAUCCUGCAAAGAAAACAAAACCAAAGGGGGUUCUUCAUUGGGUUGCUGAAGCAUCUCCUGGAGUGAAGCCUCUAAGUGUUGAAGUGAGAGUUUUUGAGAAACUGUUUAUGUCUGAGAAUCCGGCUGAAGUUGAAGAUUGGCUUGGUGAUUUGAAUCCUAAUUCAAAGGUAGUUGUUCCAGCUGCCUAUACAGUACCUUGUCUAAAAAAUGCAGCAGUGGGUGAUACAUUCCAAUUUGAAAGGCUUGGUUAUUAUGUUGUUGACAAGGACUCCACGCCAGAAAAGCUUGUGUUCAAUCGGACAGUCACUUUACGAGACAGUUAUGGUGGCAAGGGUGGGAAGUAAGUCGUAGGUGUGUGUGUGUGUCUGUCUUGUCUGUUGAAAUAUAUGGGAUAUGAAUAUCCUUUUCUUUUCUUUAUAUUUACACUAUUUUAGUGAUAAUUAGAAAGUGUAAGUAAAUCUGGAAGACAUAUUUCGUUUUAUGGGGGGGUUGUUUUCUCUUGCUUGCUUGCUUGCUUGCUUGCUGACUGACUUUUAAGAUUUUAUCAUCCAUCAUCAAAUAUAUUUAUUUUGUUUUGUUCA